AAAAAUAAAAAUUAUUAAUAAUUUAAUGUCUGAGAAUAUUUAAAAUAGAGUAUCAUCAAUCUUUGAAAAGCUCAACAACAUCUCUACUAGUGUUUAGGAUGAAAAAAAUAAUCGUUUUCAUACUAUAAGUCAAUUGAUAAUGGCUUUUGAGGCUUAAUUGUAACAUCAAUCUGAUUAGAAAGAGGAGAAAUUUGCUUAUAUUGCCUAAAAAGUUAGACAAAUUACUGAAUUCUUAGAAUAAGAAUAAGAAGAUCGUGAGAGAUAAGAAAGUGAAACAUUUAAAUUGAUAACUGAUUUAGAAAGACAUGCAAGAAGAUUGAUAGAGCAGAAUUCAAAAGAUAGAGUAGAAUAAGAAAAAAAAAUAGUUUAUUCAAUUGGCCAAUAAAUUGAGAAUUUAUAAUAGGAUGUCAUCAAAGAGGGUCUGGCUUAACAAACAUCUCAUGAAUACAUUGAUUCUUAUUUAAAUGAAGAUUUGCCAAAAAUAGCUGAUGAAUUAUAAAAUGAAAUUACAGAAAGAAAAGACGUUGAAGAAAAGAUAUACCAUUAAUUUGUCGAAUAACUCAAUGAUCUAAGGGAAUUAUUUGAAAGAGAAAAAAAAGAAAGAGAAACAAAAGAAGAGGAAAUUGUAGAAAGUCUGAGGGAAAUUUCAGGAAGAAUUUAAGAAUAAUUAAGAAAAACAAGGGGAGAAAGAGAAAAAACUGAAGAAACACUAGUCUAAUUGGUUGAGAAAGUCAUUGAAAAGUUAAAGAGAGAGAUGCUAGAAAUGAACUUAUGA